AUGGAUGACGCCUUGAUGUCUGCGAGGCCAGCAUGGCAGACGGAUGAGCUUGAAGACGAAUGGAUCGAUCAAGACGAGGCGGACGACUCCGUGGCCAGAAACUCUUCCUACAACUGCACUACAUCCGAUCUAUCGCUAACACAACCUAUAGGCUCAGUUUUGGCUCGCAAUGACGACUUGGAAACGUCGUCGCCGGUUUCGAGUUCAGGUGGCACUUUCUUGGUUCGAGAGGACGUCCCCGCUGCUCCAUUGCUGCCACAGACACCAGGUCGGAACAAGAAAGGCAUGGUAAAAGACUUCUUCAGUCCUCUUGCAUUGGAGAAGAUGUUUGAACCUCCUUCCCCACCAUCAAGCACACCAGCACCCUUGCCAUCUAGUCAAAGUUCGGUGCCGCCUGUGCCUUCACGGCUGUCGCAGGUUUAUAUUCCCGGGGAAGAUGAGGCAGAACACCUGGAAGAUGAAUCGGAGGGUAUUUCGAGGGAUCAGUGGCAGGAUUCAGGAGCUAUCUCGCAAGGGCUUGCGGUGUCGGUAUCGCCCAGCAGCGGUGCGCCAUUGAACUGCCAAUUCACGUUCGAGAUGCCUCGCCGGAGUCCUUUUGAUCCAAUGACCUCGGUUCCAGAGGCUCAGAGCACGCCUGGAGCUCCCAACCUGGGAUCGAGUGCUUGGAAUGCCCCUCUCACCGACCCCCGCCUGCGGCUCUUCCAGUUCCAGUAUGAUACAUUCACUCGCGAGCAUCUCUCUGCGAUGGUGGACUCCAUCGCGGUGAACACUCCCUCCGGUGGCAGUGGUCAGUCCGCUGAUGCGGCCUCUCCAACCAGCUUGUCCCCAGUGCGGGAAGUAAGCACCUCGCGCCUCCGCAGUAUCAAACGUAUCAAGCUCAGUCCCGCCAGUGACUACUCAGACAGAGGGGACGGAGCUGCUGUGAUCAUGCGACCUUUGACUCUUCGAAGGGACUACGUUGGCGAGUCCAAGUCUCUCAUGGAGAAGAUCCGACAGGCGCGUGACUUCUCGACAGUGUCUACUGUCGCUACUGCCCGGUCUCCCGAUUCCCAAGGCAAGAACUCUCCGGCUCUUGAUACGCCUAAUGCUACCUCGAAAACGAUGGCGCGGCCUUCCGGCGUUUCUGAUGCUGAUGUCAGCAGGGCGCCUUCCACUACUGGCACAGCGUCGACUUCAAACAGGGGGACGUAUUCGUCUCUUGCAUAUCGAGAGCAAGCCGCCAACCUCAUGGCUCAAAUCAAGAGGGACAUGAAGGGUUCUAAGCGAAUAUUUUCCGGGGACACCGAGUUAUCCCAUAUGACUCUAAGUAACGACAAUGAAGAAAAGUCUGCACCUUCUGCACCUUGCAUGGAAAUUACGCAGCUCCCAAUGCCCGGUCGCAAUGGCAAAGAAAAUGUCCCAGAAGAGAAGCCUAAUUCACGAGUGGUAUCAAGCAGGUCCCCACGCUCAAACAAGAGUGCCAGCCCGCGCAAACAUCUGCGUAGACCAAGCUGUAUUCGCAAUGUUGAGCAACAACUUGCGGACCAAGUCUCUAAUGUGUCGCUUGACUCUCAAGAUCUGUUGGAACAGUUUCCUGCCCCUCCUGUCGGCGUGACGGUGACGACCGUUCCAACGGCGCCUUCUUCUCCGGCAGAUACGCGUAACGUUCGCUCGGACCCUGGGUUUCUCGCACCUCCGUCGGAGGAUGGUCCUGCUUACCCAUCGUCUUCAGUCCGCAGUGGUCGGAACGAAGACCUCACGCGAUUCGUCUCGUCAAGCACAGCGUCGGGCACCACACUCACAACAGGAAGCGCGGCGUCUUUUGUCAAGCAUCCGGGACCGAAGCAAAUAACCCGCAUAACGCCAGACGAUGUGCCUACGCUGCCCAACAGGGUAGGCAAAAUGGUCUUCGACAAAGUCAUGAUGAGAUGGGUGAAGGAUACCGCACUCGCCGUCACUGGACCUGCUGAGGACCAUGAGAUCGAGAUUCCGGCCGAAGUGGAGGCAAAUGACAGCGAAGAUCCCUUCCGUGAUAUCGAGAGUCUUGGGGAAGAGGAGCCCAGGCCGGUUGUCGAGCGGGACGAGCUGGACGACCAAGGCUCCGUAGAUUUCCAGCAAAGUAGGAUCGACGAAGUAGAGACUGAGUCUGAAGUGGAAGACGAAGAGGAGGUGGAGCUAACUUCUUUCUCGUUCGACGAGCCGUCCUCAGAGUUGGUUCAAGCUAUGGCUGGAGAGGAGCCUGACCCGGAUGACACCGACUCAGAGGACGAGGACACGACCGCAAUGAGGGGACCCUCUGACGACGAGUCCGACGAUUCAGAUGACGUCUAUGGCGAUCCUGUCCUAAAUUCCAACGGGCACGCAUCUGAGCAUGCGAUCCAGGAUUCCAACGUCCUGCCUUGUCAUAUUCCAUCAUCCGUGAGGACACCCACUCCACCCGCACGGGCGUCGGCAGGUCUCACACCUACACCCGUGAUCCGGUCCGCCAUGAAAAGCAACAGCAUCACGCCUAUGUCAGCGAUGAAAAACAAUUCAGGGAAUCGCACGCCAGCAAACCGCUUAGCUCACCGCCGAUCUGUGAGUUUCUCUGACGGUAAACGGGACGGACCAAUUCUGGGGAUUGGCAGAAAUGCACCAAGUCCAGACAUCACGGUUGAAGACGAUAGUCCCCUGGCGAGUGGGUCCAACAAGAGUGCUGCCAUACUGGUACCUUCUGCCCGGACGAGACGAAUAGCAGACAUGCUGGAUAAUUUGGAGGAUCUCAGCAUGGGUGACGAAUCUCCCUCGAAGACGAGUAGCGCUGGAAAAACACCUGCGGAUGAACUGCAUCCGAUUGAGCCACGACGUCCAAGCAGCAUCCCCUCCAACGUCGGCGGUGCAGGCAGGGGAAUUUCACGGCGAGUGGUUUCUCGGUCGCAGCCGCUGAAGUCGCCGCGGUCGUCCAGUAGAAGUGCCAAUGGCACCUUCCUGACAGAAUGUUCAUUCGGUGUCGCCCACGAUCGUCUCGUCCAAGUGAUCACAGACGUGCAGCCGUUCGAGCCGUACUGGGAAGAGCUGACCUCUAUCGACUUAUCGAAGAAAAACGUUGACAGCAUCGCACGGCUGAAGGAGUUCCUACCACGGCUGGAUUCCUUGUCUGUUAACGGUAACCAGUUAUCGUGGCUAAGUGGCGUCCCAGGGACUGUUCGGUCACUGUCCGUUGCGUCAAACUCAUUAACCGGGAUCACGUCUUUCAGCCACUUACUCAACCUCGAGAGCUUGGACAUUAGCCGGAAUCACAUUGAUUCCUUGCGGCAAUUGGAAUGCCUUCGCCACCUGCGAGAGCUUCGAGCUGAUGGCAACAAAAUUGACAGCAUCGAUGGUUUGCAAAAGAUGGAUGGUCUCGUAAAGCUUAGCUUGCAAGGGAACGUCCUGCGCGCAAUUGAUUUCAAACGUUGCCACUGGGCUCGGUUAGAGAUGCUGAAUCUCAGCCAGAACAGGCUAGUGGAGGUCGCCGGGCUGGUAUCACUCCCUGCGAUGGUAGCGCUCAAUUUGGAUAACAACUCGUUGGCAGAGCUGGAGUUCGAUGGCACGCUGCCUCGGCUGAGAAUCCUGCGUGUGAGCGGAAACCGGCUGCAACGGCUGAAUGCGCCACCGUUUCCCAACCUUCGCACGCUCUAUGCAGACAACAAUAUGCUUGGCACGAUCACAAAGGCAUAUCGCCUGACGAAGCUGGAGAACCUCAGCCUGCGGAAUCAGAGCGGGCGGACGGGCUUGUCCCUCUCGAUAUACGAUGUGCGCGACGUGAAGCGUCUGUACCUCUCCGGUAAUCCUCUGGACACAAACUUCCUGACCGAGCCGUGCUACAACCUGGUGUAUCUUGAGGCCGCAGCAUGCCGUCUCACUGCAUUGCCGGCGGAGCUGGCGCGGCUCAUCCCGAAUGUGCGCGUCCUGAAUCUGAAUUACAACUUCCUCGCAGACGCACGACCCCUCGCGGGACUCACGCGCCUGCGGAAGCUAAGUCUGAUUGGGUCGCGGAUUGCCCAGGCGCGACAGCUCGUCCGGAUUCUGCACGGGAUGCAUGAUCUCGAGAUGAUUGAUUUCAGGAUGAACCCGUGCACGCUCGGGUGGUACCUCCCGCUGCUCGUGCGCGACGUGCCCGGGGCUCUGCAGCCCUCCGAUGAACGGAAUCAUGGCCGGAGCGCCGGUAUCGGCAACAAUGAGGCGCAAAAUCCCCGCGAAGAUUGCCAGCCGGCCAGGGGAGUCCGCGGUGAGAGCCCGCCGCCGCAAGGUAGCUCGAGCCCCGCGCGCCGCGCACACAGCCCGGGGGCCGACGCAGAGGCGGAGGCAGACGCGAGCGUGGUGGCGCCGCCGACGUGGAAGGACCUGGACGCGAAGUUCCGGCGGGACUUGCCUGACGCGGCGUACGUCGGGCGGCUGGCGUAUCGCGGUCUGGUGAUGCGCGCGUGUGCGCGGAUCCGGAUGCUCGAUGGGGUGGAGGUGGGCGAGAAGGAGCGGGAGAAGGCGGAGCAGCUGCUGCGCGGGGUGCUGAGCGCGCGGCAGGGGAGGAAGCUCGUGGCGGGCGAGGGCGAGGAGCGGAGGGAGUGCGGGGGGGCAGAAGGUGUGGGUGUAUUGGGGAAGCUGCAGAAGCAGGGUGCUCGUGAGACGGGCCGAGAGGGGAGAGGUGAGCCAGCCAGGGACGCCAUCGCUGAUGUGCUGGGAACACGGGAGAGGCUGCGUUUAUCUGCACCUGGCCUCGGUGUCCGCGCACGAUAG